AUGAAGCAUAAGGGCAAAGUCACCACUUCCCAAGACCAAAAGAAACCAAGACAGCAACAAGGAGGGGAAUUGGCGUCUUGCGCGUACAGCUUCGUCAUCCUAAAUGACAAGAUCUUCGAGCACAUCCUCAGCUUCUUGAGCAACCAGACCCUCACAAAACUGCAAGGCAUCACCGGAGACAACUACCCCAACUGCGAGCCAGCAAUAGCAAGGUUUUGCUGCCGCUGCGAGAAUAACAAGCCUGCUAUCUUCUACAACCUUUGUCGCGAGUGUGAGUCCAAGCACAAGAGCUACAAUCCCAAUACUACCGCGGCAAUGGCAAGAAUGGUCUACGGGGUCCAAGAUUUCUCGACCUUGUCCCCCAUAGCUGGAGAGGACGGCACGCCGAGUGGAAUGUACGCGCGGGUGCACUUGGAGAAUUUCAUGCUGCGAACGUGUGGGUCAAAAGUGGGGUGGCUUCGAGUCAUUGCGCAGCUUAAUGGGGGGAUUAGAAGAGUUCUGGUGCAGCAACAUCAGGCACGCGAAGACUGGAAAAUGUUUUUCGUCUCGCUGGCGCCUGGAUUCGAGCCCUACGUGACGCCGGACGGGUUUAAUCGGAGUAGCAAGGCCGAUUUAGAAGAAUGCAGCAAGCGGUUUGCACUGGUGACAGCGGCAUUCAAAGAGCGUGGCUUUCAGCUUCGGCGAGAAGAACCGUCAAGCCGUGCGUUUAUUGCACACGGUGUUGGAACCAUUGAGUGCGUUAUUGAGAACGCCGAAGAGCUUGAGUUUCUGAUCGCUAACACCGACUUUGCCCAACGCCAGAGGUCUUUCGCUUUACGUCGAUUCAGGAAGUGUUCGGAUGAAGCAGCAAUGGAACUGUGCGCCGAGUACUUGAAAGACGCCAAGGGGCUUGUGCUCCCGCGCAAAUGGGAAAAAUGCCGAUCACGAUUCGAGAAGGUGCAAGAAUCCAAGCUCGAGCUACAGCAGAAACUUCGCUAUAUCAAUUCGGGAGGCGUACGGCAAGAGAUUUAG